CUGAAUGACCCCGGAAGGGGCGAGAGGCUGAAGUAAGCGUGUCUACUGGCCCUCCUGGGGUCGGUGAGGCCGGUGAAGGCUUCGGUUUCCCUCCUGGGUAUGGGAGGUGGUUGUGGUCUCCUAGAUUUCACCGUGUAAGGCUCUGAGGACGGGGUGGGGGCGAGUCUGGGAUUCCAGAACGUCGGCGGCCACUUUGUCCCUCUCCCCUAACCCAAGGACGCGACGUGCGGCGGCGGGAUGUCCUGGUCCGGCCUUCUCCGUGGCCUCGGCGCGUCCGUACGUGGUGGCCUGACUGUGAUCCCCCAACUCUGGGCCGGCCGCAGCAUGGCUACCUUGAACCAGAUGCAUCGCCUCGGGCCCCCCAAGAAGGCCCCCCGGCGCCUGGGCCCCACCGAGGGCCGGCCGCAGCUCAAAGGCGUGGUCCUGCGCACCUUCAUCCGCAAACCCAAGAAGCCCAACUCGGCCAACCGCAAGUGCUGCCGCGUGCGACUGAGCACCGGCCAGGAGGCCGUCUGCUUCAUUCCCGGCGAAGGCCACAGCCUGCAGGAGCACCAUGUGGUCCUGGUGCAGGGCGGCCGCACCCAGGACCUGCCCGGGGUCAAGCUCAAAGUUGUGCGUGGCAAAUACGACUGCGGCCAUGUGCAGAAGAAGAAGUGACCGUGGCAGGUCCCAUGACUUUUAUGCCACAAAACAGGAUUCCUGCUGCCCAGGAAGGCAGGGUGGAGUGGAAGAGCCUGCUUUUUUUUUUAUCAGCAGUAUCACUACCCAUUUGGGUGGGCGAGUUGGAGAAUGGGCCCCCUCUGUCAGCAGCCUUGUCCCCAGGGUGGACUUGGGGCCUCUACCCCGCUGUGUGCUAGGAAGCAGCAUAAUAAACAGCUCACGUCCCCAGCUCCCACGUGCCGGGGCGGCUGAUAGCUCUGGGCUUGGGUUUGCAGUCUGCCUUGUUCAUGUUGGUAAACAUUAAAUUUGUUGCUCUGCAGA